AUGUCUUUGAGUCUCGAGCGGAGGUACGAAUGGCUGGCAAAGGAAGAAAGAAUAGACCUCUCAAGUGGGUACUCUUUAUAUCAUAGUGGUACUGAGGAACGAACCAAAAGAGGUGUAGGAUUUUAUGUACCGUCAUCGUUGAAUCAACACAGCGAUUGUUUCUUUCAUUCUGAACGAAUGAUUGAGCUUUGCAUAAAACUAGCCGAUAGGAGCACUCUUCGCGAAAGAAAGCAAUAUUUCUGCCUAAAACUCGUUCUUCAAAAGAGACUUGACGAUCGGUGGACAUGGCGAAAUGAUGCCUUGGGACUGAAGAAAGAGAUUGAUUAUGUAUUGUUGAGAAGUAUGAAGGGCGUUGUCGAUGUAGGAGUGCUCACUAGUGUUAACACGGGGAGUGAUCACCGCAUGUUAAGAUGUAAAAUACGUCUGAAUCCGAUCUCACAACCAGUAACACACCAGGAGGAUCUUGCCCCGUUAUCUGACAGCGACUUAUUGGGAAUCGUGGUAUCGCUGAGAUUCUCGCAAAGCAUUAGCGCCCGAAAAUCGAUCCAAGAAGAUUCCGCAGACAACAACGUCCAUAUUCAAAUAUUUCGUCAAGCCAUCAAGUCCGGACGCCUUCGACGUGGGCGCAUGCAAGCUUUACACGCAAGAAGAUCCUUGACAAUCCUGAAAGAAACCACCUCCUCCCCUCCUAGCGACCCCUCCCCAUCAGAUGAACCUUUUCCUGAUCACGUGUCGCAGUCAGUGAAAGCAGUGAGAAAUUUUUAUAACGCACUGUACCACUCCUCCUUCGGCCCACCCACUCCACCAUCAGGCCAAAUAAAUCUGCAGGUCCACAAUAAUGAAGUGCAAAUGGCAAUGAAGAGAAGCAAAGCACGUUCAGCUGCUGGUUCCGAUGGCAUUCAAUCCCCUUCUCUUCGUGCUCUUUCACAAAUACUCGCCUUACCCAUAACACAUUUUUUCAACAACAUGAUAAGGACAAAGGUUGUGCCUGCAACCACAAUUGAGGAAAAGUCAAUUCUACCACCGGAGCAGGCUGGUUUCCGCAAGCACUUCUCGACCAUAGAUCAUAUUCACACUAUUAAUAUGAUUACCGAGAAAUGUCACGAGUUCAAUAUAGAGCUAUGUGCCGUUUUCGUCGAUUUUAAGAAGGCCUUCGAUAGCGUGGAACUUCCAAUGAUAUGGAAAGCGUUGGAGUAUUUUGGUGUGGAGGAGAACUUGAUAAUGGCCAUACAACUGCUGUAUGCACACAGUACCGCUGCCGUCAGAAUAGCGAACCAACUAGCAGAGUUCAAUCUGCAGCGGGGUGUAAGACAAGGAGACUCAAUGUCUCCAGUUCUCUUCACAUUAGUUCUCCAGUACGCGCUGAAUCUGAUAGAUUGGCAGGGCAAAGGACUGAAACUAGGGAACAAAACCCUCUCGUACCUAGCUUAUGCUGAUGAUAUU